AUGAAUAAAAGCGCAACACCAGUGCCUUGGUUGUACGACAUAGAUUAUGAAGAUGCUAAUUGGGUGAUUACCAGUUCGUUUAUGAUAUUUACAAUGCAAACAGGUUUCGGUAUGCUCGAAUCUGGAUGCGUUUCGAUUAAGAACGAAGUGAAUAUCAUGAUGAAAAAUGUCGUAGACAUCGUCCUAGGAGGUUUGACGUACUGGAUGUUCGGCUACGCCUUGUCCUUCGGCCAAAGCGACCUCAACAACGGUUUCAUCGCCCUCGGAGACUUCUUCAUCGAUCCCUCGCUGUCGGACCCCAAAAAGGGCGCCAAGUACACCGCCUUCAUAUUCCAGCUGUCGUUCGCCACCACCGCCACCACCAUCGUCAGCGGCGCCAUGGCAGAAAAGUGCAAUUUCAAAGCCUAUUGCAUAUUCAGCUUCCUCAACACGGCCAUCUACUGCAUACCAGCCGGCUGGGUUUGGGGCGAGCACGGCUUCUUGAAUAAACUGGGCGCCGUCGAUAUUGCGGGCUCCGGAGCCGUCCAUCUUAUUGGAGGUAGCGCUGCAUUCGCCAGCGCUGUAAUGCUGGGGCCUCGCUUGGGGCGCUACGACAACGGGAUAGGCCCCUUACCAUUGGGGAAUCCCGUUAACGCGGUGAUGGGAUUGUUCGUGUUGUGGUGGGGCUGGUUGGCGUUCAAUUCAGGAAGCACCUACGGGUUGAGCGGUGCUAAAUGGGAAUACGCUGCAAGAGCAGCCGUAAUGACAAUGAUAUCGACGUUCGGAGGUGGUACCGUCAGCAUAUUGUUUACUAUGAUAAAAUUGAAAGGGAAAAUCGACACUAUCGAUAUCAUAAAUGGAAUUUUGGGCUCGUUGGUCUCGAUAACGGCUGGAUGUUUUUUGUUUUGCGGUUGGGAGGCACUUCUCGUUGGGAUAAUCGGAGCUCUGUUGGUUUGUUGUUCGAUGCCUCUAUUCGACAUGGCUGGUAUAGAUGACCCCGUAGGAGCGAGCUCUGUCCACGGCAUAGGAGGUAUAUGGGGAGUAAUUGCUGUUGGGAUAUUCGCUGACAACCCUUACCCCCUGGACACCACCAGUGGCCGAACGGGGCUGAUAAAAGGAGGAGGCUGGUACUUGCUCGGCGUCCAAACUCUAACAGCCGUCUGCUUGCUAAUCUGGGGCCUGCUCACCACGUUCCUGCUGCUGUGGUUCAUCAACCUCUUCGUUACCAUCAGAAUGGACCUCCACAUGGAGCUCAUGGGAGCCGACAUCACCGAGCAUUUGGUCAAACACGGGAAUGUAAAUAUUGUGGGCGUUUCGAGAGCGGUGUCCGCCUUUCGGCCGGUGUUCGAUACGAACGACAUCGACGAGUUGAACACGGCCGGCAUGAAUCCGGAGCACCACAAGCAUCUGGACAGAGUGAAGAAUUUGGCCAGCAAGAAGCGCUACAGACUGUCGAAGAUCCUUCGGGACAUCACGGCUAACAGGAAAUUCGGCAUCAACGUGGCCAAGCGGUUGAUACCGAAGAAGAGGGGUAGGGACAAGCAAAUUGGCCGGCAGAUUGCGGCCACCAUGACGGCCACCGUCGCCCACGCUGAUCAGGGAUCCAAGGCUCAUUUGGCUUGGAUCACAUAA